AUGAGGACUUGGAUACUAAAAGAAGAAGAGAAGACAACAUCCGAAAUUGUGAAUGAGAUCAAAGAAACAUGGAAACGAACAGGGGUUUCAUUAUUAUCAGAUGAUUGUGUAAAAGAUGCACAAAAAUUGUUCGAAUUGCUUGAUGGUGUUGUUGAAGAUGUUGGAGAAGAUAUUGUCAUUCAGGUGAUCACUAAUAAUGCAAGUGCAUACAAGGCAGCUGGAAGAUUAUUAAUGGAGAAGAGAAAAAGUUUGUAUUGGACUCCGUGUGUUGCUCAUUGUAUUGAUUUGAUGCUUGAGAAAACUAUAGAAUUGCCACAACGUAAAAAUGCUUUGCUUAAAGCAAAGAGAGUUAGAAAUUUCAUCCAUAACCAUCAAUGGGUGUUGAGUUUAACAAGAAAAUUUGCAAAGAAAGAUCUUCUUCGACCAGCUGUCACACGAUUCACCACUGCCUUUCUAACUUUAGAAAGUAUGCAUCAAUUGAAGCAACCACUACAAAUGAUGUUCGUUUCAAAAGAAUGGUCAAUUUUUGCAUGGGCAAAGAAACCUAAAGGGAAAGUUGUGAAGAAAAUCAUAAUGAAUGAUAAUACAUUUUGGCCUAGUGUGGUUUAUUCCAUUAAAACCACAAAGCCCCUUGUGAAUGUUUUAAGAAUAGUAGAUGGUGAGAGGACAUCAACAAUGGGAUUUAUUUAUGGUGCUAUGGAUGAGGCUAAAGAAAAGAUAACAAAGAACUUAGAUGGAGACGUGUCUUCAUAUAAGGAGAUUUGGGAUAUCAUUGAUCAAAAGUGGGAGUUUCAAUUGCAUCGCGACUUGCAUGCAACUGCAUAUUACUUGAAUCCUCGAUUCAGAUGGAGCCCCAAUGUUUCCGAGCAUCCAGAGAUUAAAACUGGGUUGUAUAAGUGCAUGGAUAGACUCAUCAAGGACCAAGAAACAUAUGUGAAGGUCGAUGCCCAAAUUGAUGAGUAUAAAUACAAGCGAGGAUUGUUUGGCUUCAGAUCAUCCUUAACAUCAUACUUAACAUGUCCACCUGUUGAAUGGUGGGACAACUUUGGAGAUGAAGUUCCAGAACUCAAGUCAUUUGCAACAAGAGUUCUAGGUCUUACUUGUUCAGCAUCGACAUGUGAAUGUAAUUGGAGUACAUUCAAUCAAGUGCACACAAAGAGAAGAAAUUUUCUGAGCACAAAAAAGAUGAAUAGUUUAGUGUACAUUAUGUACAACAAAAAGUUGAAGCACAAAUUUUUUAAGAAACAAUCACGAAGAGAGGAAGAUAAUCCUUUGAUUGUUGAAAAUGUGUCUUAUGAUGAUGAAUGGAUAGCCAAUCCAAAUGAUGAAAAGGAUGGUGAUAGUAGAGUAAUCGAAGUUGUUGGGGAAAUUGAGAUUGAGGAUGAGGGCGAAAGUUUAGCACCGAGGAAGAGGAAAAGAAAUCAAGCACCAAUUGAAGUGAAUUUGGAUGAGGAAGAUGAAUUUGAAGGAGGAGAAAAUGACAGUGAAGAUGGAGAUGAUGGUCAAGCUAUACAAUUUCAUGAGAGUGGUGAUGAAGAAAGUGAUGAGUUCUUGGAGAUUUAA